AUGUCAAAAACUUUCAAAAGAGUUUCAAAUGAGAGUAUCAUUAGUGAUAUAGACUUUAUAUUAUCAAUGAAAAAAAAACCUGCACCAGAUGCUAGUCGGAAGUAGCUGAAGGCUAAUAAGCCUGGGAAAAAUACUCUUCUGCUAAAUCUUGUCAAUAGAAAUAAUGAUGUGGUUAAAAUAAUAAGAGAUAAAAAUAAUUUAAAUAAUUAGAGAAAAAGAUUAGAAGAGUCUUUGAUAGUAUCUCGUCAGACUCUCAGAGAUAGAACUCCUUAAAAUCCACACUAUAACUAAAGAUCAUAGGAUGAAGAACCUUUGGAUUCAUUUAGGAUAAAAUUGUUGUAAUAAAGAAGUAAAAAAUAGAGGAAACCCUACAAUGUAUUAUACUCAAAUAGAUAACUGAUAGAUAAGGUGAGAACUCAAAUGCUGUAAGAUAAGCUUGAAGAUAAAGAAACAGAAGUUGCCUUUGAUGAUUCACGUAUCAAGCUAGAUAACAGAGAAAAAUUGAUGAUUAACAAAAAUUUCAAUGGAUUAUAAGAAUAUAAUUAGUUCAGGAGAUUAAACUUAAACUCAAGUGAAAGAAAUGAUAAGUUCAUGUGUGGAGCAAAAACAAACACUAAUAGUGCAAUUAAGAUGGCAGACUCAGCUAGAACCGAAAUUAUGGAAAGAGGAUAUCUGCCAGUUGUUAGAGAGAUUUCCUGCUAAAAUGAUUAAUCUAUCAAUAAUGAAUAUAGACACUAGUCACCACAAAGAAAUCAAUAAUAAUCACAAUACAUGGGGAUUUUUCCUAAUAGAAUUCAAUCUCAAAGUAAGUAAUCAUCUAAGCAGAAAAUACUUGAUAAAUAUGGAAGUCAUGGAGGCUCACCUGACUACACUAAAGAUCUUUAAAUUCACAUUACACCUUCUCACGAAGUUAAGUCUUACAACAUUGUCAACUUUAAAAUUCAAAAAGUCAACCCAUAUUAGAUAAUGGCUAAAAUCUUUGAUAAUAGGAGUGUAUUGACGAAUGCUUUUUCAAGUACCACCAGAUCUUCUGGUUUCAGUCUUGAUAACCCUGAUUUAGACACUAAAAUGAGACUUAAGACACAAUUUCAUGUAAAAAGGGAUCAAGAUUAUUACUCAUCGAUAUACGGCCCAAAUUAAUCAUUAAAGAGACCAGUCAGUUAAGUCAAAGACUUUAAGUAAUUCUGA